ACCCCCCACUCUCCCUCCCCCUUCUCUCUCUUUCCUUUCUCUUUCAAUUACAGUUUUCAUAUUCACAUUUAUUUUCUUAUUUUCUAUUCAACUGGAUCAAAACAACAAGAAGAUGCAGAUCAACACACCACCACACUAACUUUUUACAGACUAAGGAAGGUAGUUUACACAACACGGCGAAUAUAUUGUUUUCUAAGACUAAAUGGGGAAGAAAGGAAGCGGUUGGUUUUCGACAGUUAAAAGAGUUUUUAAACCAUCAAAUAAAGAAAUCAAUAAUGACAAGAAUGUGUUUCCAAAGGAGACUGUGCCAGAUAAACGACAAGAAGACACACCGGAGGUUGUUUCGUUUGAGCAUUUUCCAGCUGAGACUUCACCAGACGUCACUAAUGAGGGAAGUGAUGGUGACCGGAUGUCUCAGGCUGGUGAAGAUCGGAAUGAUCAUGCUAUUGCUGUUGCAGUGGCUACCGCUGCUGCAGCCGAGGCUGCUGUUGCCGCUGCUCAAGCUGCAGCUAAAGUUGUUCGUUUGGCUGGUUAUGGUCGCCAAUCUAAGCAAGAAAGAGCUGCUAUCCUCAUACAAUCUUAUUAUAGAGGCUAUCUAGCUAGACGUGCACUACGAGCAUUGAAAGGACUAGUAAGGCUGCAGGCAUUAGUAAGGGGACAUAAUGUGCGAAAGCAGGCUCAGAUGACAAUGCGAUGUAUGCACGCCUUAGUACGUGUUCAAGCAAGAGUGCGUGCACGCAGACUAGAGUUGACGCAUGAGAAACUCUAUAAGAAAGUAGAGAAUGAUGAAAGGGUUACAACACAAACGAAAACAAGAAACAAUAAAAACCAAUGCACUGAGAAGAUCAAAGAAAGUACUUUGAGAAAACAUGAUGCUGAGAUGAAAAGAGAACGUGCUCUUGCUUACGCAUUCGCCUACCAGCAAGAGAAGCAACAACAACAUUACUUGCAUCCGGACUUUGAUAACAGAUUGCUAUAUGCCAAUGAUAACGGAAAACAACAAUGGGGAUGGAACUGGUUGGAGAGCUGGAUGGCAUCACAACCUUACCAUGCGCCUGCAGGGCCCAAAGAAGGAUCCAACUUGAUCCUGGCUACAAAUGAGGAUGUGUCUGUUAAAACAGUUGAAAUGGAUCUAGUUACACCCUUUAGCUCAGAGUAUAUCACUACGGGCCGGCUUAGUGGGGAGACCUUUGAUUCUGCACAACACUCUCAGUCACAACGUCAGUCAACUUCUGACCAAGUCCCAAGCUAUAUGGCCCCAACCCAAUCUGCCAAAGCCAAGUUCAGGGCUCAAAACUCAGGAAAGCACAAAGGCCAACCCGUUAAGAAAGGGGGACUAGGUAACGGCCUGUCUUUCGAUACAUCAAGUUCCGGAGGCAAUCCAACUUAUCAAAUUCCACGAAGCCCGAGCCCGAAUGCAAAAGGAUACAGUAAUGGUGCUCGUGGUCAGUCUAGAUGGUCUACGGGCUACAGCCCUGAUUCUAGUGGAGGCGAUGAUGGGUCAAUGGGUCGAUAUACUUGGAGACACCACUUUGGCUGAUUAUGGUAAUAAUUAGCUCAUCUUUGUUAUGGUAAUUGUGUGGUAUCAUUUCCCUUUUUAUUUUAAACAUGUCAAUACAUAUUUACUUGUUGUCUCGUUAUUAUUUAUAUAAAAAGUUAUGCUUUUUGUC